AUGAUAAAACGAGUAACUAAGUUGAACUCAGUAAAAUAUAUAUUCCCCAAGAGGCAAUUACAGACAUUUAUUAACAAAGAUGAAAAAUAUAGCGUGGAUAAAAAUGACGAGUUAAGUUUCCUAAGUAAUGAAAUAAAGCAUAAUUUGCAUAAAUUAAAAUGCAUAGAACAAAAAAAGGUUAAAAGUGAUCGUAUAAUAUAUAAAAAAAUAUUGAAAGACCUUUUAAAAGAGAAAGAAAAUUUUGUUGCAGAUGAAGUGGUAUCUUUUUUAUAUAUACUAACAUAUAAUGAUUUAUACUACUUAGAUAUAUCUUCAAAUUUUUUCUCAUACUUUUAUAAGAACUAUAUUUUUUCCAAAAAUUAUUUUAUCAAUAUAAAUGUAAAUAGUAUUAUCCAUGUUAUUUAUUCUUAUUAUUUAUUUGAAAAUUAUAAUUUUUUAGUAAUAAAAAAUAAUCCUUUCUUUGAUAUUAAAGGACACAGUAACAAUGGUGAUAAAAAAAAUACACAUUUGACGAAAGAAAACUUUGAGUUUUCCCACUUAUAUGCCUAUAACACAUUAAAUCAAAAGGAUAAUACGUCUAAAGUCAACGAGAAUUAUACACAUGAUGGCAAAAAUACUUUAUUUAAGCAAGAAGAUAUUUAUAUAAAUGGUGUGGAUAAAACUGAAGAGAAAAAGGGGAUUAAAAGAAUUAACAAUUAUAAUGAAUACUAUAAUAACCAAUUUUAUGGAAUAUUUCAUAUAUACAACUAUUUUUCCAAAUUUAUUUCUUCUAACAUAGAUUAUAUAAAUAAAAAUCAUAUAAUAAAGAUUUUAUUAGUUUUAUCACAGUUUAUUCAUAAUUUUACUGUUAACGAAAUUACACAUAGUUAUUACAAAAACGAAUCUGGAAAAUUAGAACACAAUAAACAGCAACUUUUAAAUAUUGGAGAAAACUUAUUCCCAUUAAUAGAAGCAUUUAUUGAAAAAAUCGACAUCAAAAAAAAUAUUAAAAAAUCACAUGCACCCGAAGUUAUAAACGAAAAAGAAGUUAAAAAAAAAGAGGAGCGAUAUGUUAAUUUAAUCGAUAAUUCUUUUAAAAACUUUAUUUACAUAGAUAAUAGUUUAAAUGAUCAUAAAUUGAUGUGCUUGUUUUUGUAUAUUUUGUCAAAUAUAUUUCAUCCUAUCUCCCCACACUUUUUUAUUUCCCCAAAUGGGGAUAUUCCCACAGAAAAGUUAAGUGUAGAUGAUAUCGUUAACAAUUACAAAAAUGAAAUAAAAUCAUAUGAUGAAAACAUGCCUGAAAAAAACAAAUCCCCUUCCUUAUCACAUGGUGAUGAACUAAUUAAUGACGAUAUACAAGUAUAUAAUAAUAUAAAAUUUAGUGUUAUAGAUAUGUUCAAGAGACAUUAUAAUAAAAUUGAAAUACAUAGUAUUUUUUACAAAAAUAUUGACAAUGAAAAGUCUGAUAUUCAUAAUUUUACUGUUUACAGAAAUAAUUUGUUAAAAAGUGUUAAAAGGUUUGUAUUUAUAGAUACUAUAUACAAAUUAGAUGUACAUUAUAAGCUAAUAUUUUUCAAAGCAAUAUAUUCUCUAAACUUUUUUAAUUUUCCUUAUCUAAAAUAUAUUUAUUUCUUACACUUGCAUUACAAAAGCAAUAAUACCGAUAAUUUUGAUUAUUAUGAUCAUUUAUAUUUUCAAGAUUCUCAAAAUCUUAAAAUUGAAUUUGGUUUAGAGGGUAAUCAAACGGGCGUGAGUAAAAUAGAUCAAAUGAAACACCCAAUUGAACAACAAGAGAAAGAACAAACCAAACAUAUAAUAAGUGAACAAAAUAAUGAAAGCAAAAUAAUACAUAUAAAUUGGAUAAAAAACAAAAUACUUGAACUUUCAAAAAGAAGCGAUAUUUUUAAUAAUGUUUAUAUAAAUUUACUUAAUGACAUUGAGAAUAGCAUACAAAAUAAUUCAGCAGAACAAAAUAUAAACAGUUUACUGCAAAUGCAUUUGUUAAGAUAUGUUGAUAAUCAUUUUACUAUAAUGCUAUUGUCAAAACUGUGUAAUAGUGUUGACAAAUUGGCAAAUGAUCACAAAAAGAAAGUUAAUGUUGUUAUAAACUCUAUGUUAAUGUUUUUUCCUCCACAUAUACAACAUUGUAACUUACCACUUUUAAAAAACAAAUCACCAUAUGGUAUUAACAUUUAUAAUCACAUAUAUUAUAACAACAAUGCAUAUAUAAAACACCUGAAUAAGUUAUAUGAUUUUCUUAUACUUUUAUACAAUAAACAAAUUUUUAAGAAAAAAAGAAAGGAAUUGUUAUCUUGGGCAAACUAUAAAUACCUUUGA